AUGGCAGCCAAUUCCCGGACGCUCGAAAUCAAGGUGAUCUCCGCUGAGAAUCUGCAAUUAGAUAGAAAACCCAUCAAGAAAAACGCUACCGUGACCGUCUGGACUGACGGCAACAGCCAGUUUUGCUCCACGGACAUGGACAUCGAUGGGGGCGCCUACCCACGGUGGAACGAGAAGCUCGUGCUCAACUUCCCAACGCACUCCAAGUCCAUCACGGUGGAGGUCCAAUGCAAGACUUCGUCCGGCAUCAGGACGAUCGGGACGGCGACGAUUCCGGAGUCGGAUUUUGUUGGCGGGUACGUGCCAGAGGGUUGCAUGCAUUUUUUGAGUUACAGGCUGAGAGAUCACAAGGGGGAGAGGAAUGGGAUUAUUAAUAUUUCUGUGAGGAUGAACGUUCAUGAGAUGUACGCUUGUGCAAGUUCAACGACGUGGUCUCACUCGCAGAUGGGGUUUCCGGCGGAUGGGAACAAAAGUUUUGGCGGCGGCGUUGUAACCGGAGUUCCGGUUUGGUGUGGUGCCUAUCAGAAAAAUUAUUGA